AUGUCAUCUUCCAACAACAUCUUCUCGCUCUCGGGCCAGUCCCUUAAGCUCGACACUGCCGAGCACAUCGAGCCCCACCUCAAACCCUUGAUCGCCUCGAAUACAGUCACAGAAAUCCACCUUGGUGGCAACACACUCGGCGCUCCAGCCUGCGAGACUCCUCGCCUCACGCUCUCGUCCCUCCUCACGGCCCUCCUUGAAUUGCCGAACCUACAUACCGUCGAUCUUUCUGAUAAUGCAUUCGGCCUGAACACGGUGGAGCCCCUUGUCGAUUUUCUGUCGAGACAUGUGCCCCUGCAACAUCUCAUAUUGCAGAACAACGGUCUGGGUCCCAACGCGGGUACACUGAUCGCCCACGCCUUGACCGCCCUCGCCGAGCGCAAAGAAGAGGCCAGAAAGUCUGGAAAGACGGUACCAGACUUAGAGACGGUAAUAUGCGGCCGCAAUCGGCUCGAAAGUGGCUCGAUGUCUGCGUGGGCUAAAGCAUACCGAGCGCACCGGAAGGUCAAGACGGUCAAGAUGGUGCAGAACGGUAUACGCCAGGAUGGGAUCAGCCUGUUAUUGACAGAAGGAUUGGUUUGGUGCCAAGAGCUUGUAGUACUGGAUUUGCAAGACAAUACUUUUACGAUUACCGGAGCCAGGUCAUUAAGUCAAGUUGUUGAGGGAUGGAAGCAGAUCAGAGAGCUGGGGAUUGGCGACUCUCUAUUAGGCAGCAGAGGUGCCGUUUUGUUCGCUGAGGCCCUAGGCAAGGGAAACAAUGGGCUGCUAGGAGUCGCGGCGAACGAUAAGCUGGUGAAGCUGAGGAGGGUGGAGCUGAAUGGGAACAAGUUUUCCGAGGACGAUGAGCCUGUGGAAGGGUUGAGACUGCUGUUGGAGGAGCGGAAGGAGAAGGCAGGCGACGCAGAGGGGGAAUGGGGAUUGGAUGAAUUGAGCGAUCUGGAGGAGGAGAGCGAUGAGGAAGAUGAAGAUGAAGAUGAGGACGAUGACGACGAAGCAGAAAGAGAGGAGCAAGAGGAAGCGGAGCACAAGAGGGAAGGUAUCUUGAAGGAUGCGGACCAAGAAGAGGCCCAGAAAGUCAGCCAGAAGAAGGAUGAUGAUGUGGACGCUCUGGCGGAUUCCUUGGGCAAGACCGAGAUCUAG